AUGGGCAUGGCGCCGGGCCGCCGCCGCCCCUGGCGGGCGAGGGCGCUGGCGGCGUGCCUCGCCUGCGCCUCCCGCGCCGGGCGGGCGCUGCACCUCGAGGCGCCCGCCGCGCCCGCGCUGGGCACCGCGAGGCUGCGCCCAGACGGCGCCUACGCGCUCGCGCCGGACGAGCCGAUCGAGUUCACCUUCGAGCCCCAGGCCGAGGCCCGCGGGGUCGGCCUGCAGGGCCUGCGCCUGUUGGUUUGGGACGAGGCCGGCGGGGUGGCGUUCGACAGCGGCGAGGUGGCCACGGGCGAGCCGCGCGCGCUCGCGCUGCUGGAGCCCGGAGCGUACACGUGGGGCGUGCGGUGGCGGGCCAGCUCCGGAGAGGUUGCGCCGCUGGCCACGUCGGGGCUGCGAGUGGCCGUGCGCGACGGGGACUGGCGCGGCGUGCCGUGGCUGGGUUGCCCCGGCUACGACAGGUUCGCGGCGGAGGCCGACGGCCUGCGCGGCCGCGUCUCCGUCCUCGUUGCGAUCCCGAGCUUCGGCUACGUCACGGUGAACGGCAGGCCGCUCUCACAGGACCUCCUCUCGCCCUCGGGCUGGACGAACACGGGGAAGCGGGUGCUGUUCCGCACGUACGAUGCCACCGAGCUGCUCAACUCCACGGGCGGCGCUCGCAUCGCCGUGCAUCUCGGGGGCGGCUACCGCGAAGACCCCCGCCAUCUGCUGCCCGACCACCGCAACGACGCAAACCGGGCCGCAAGGGCGUCCCACGAUGAGGCGCCCCUGGUGCUCCGGCUGCAGCUCCGCUCCAGCGACGGCAUCCGACUCCACUCGGGAAGCCCCGGGUGGGUGAAGAGCCGCGCGGACCCCGACGCAAACAACUCUUUGUACUCAGGCGAGUCCACUGGCACCAGAGGCCCCGUCUGGGAGCCCGUCGACGAGGCUCAGGAUGUGGGCGGCGGCCCGUCAGGACGCAUGGUCGCAGCGGCGUUCCCGGCCGUGCGGGCCACUCGCGUGGACAGCCCCGUUCGCAUAUGGAGGGAGGGCAGGGUCCAGGUUGUGGACUUCGGGUCCAACGUGGCCGGCGUCUGUCGCGUGUCGGUGCCGGCGGGCACGCCCGGGCUGCCCGCGACGCUGCACAUGAGGCACGGGGAGGUACUGCAGCACGCCGGCACGCCGAGGGCCAGGUGGGAGCGCGGAGGCCCGAACCCCAGGCGGGUCUACUUCACCAACCUGCGGGACGCGCAGGCCCGCGACCGCAUCCACGUCCCCGCGGAGGGCGUCGCGGGCGCGUUCCCGCGCUUCACCUACCACGGCUUCCGCUACGUCGAGGCGUACGGCUUCCCCGCGGACCUCUCGGAGGUGACCUUCGAGCGGCUGGUCGUCGGCACGGCGGUGGAGACCAAAACCGAGGCCAGCUUCACCGACGAGGUGCUGCAGGCGAUCCACCGCGGCGCCGUCGGCAGCCAGCGCUCCCACCUCACGGGCCGGGUGGUGACCGACUGCCCGCAGCGGGACGAGCGCCUGGGCUGGCUCGGCGACGCGGGGCUGUCCGCGCAGCCGAUGAUGCAGCACUUCUGGAAGGAGUGGCCGCCGCCUUCGUGGACUCUAUCGCGGACGAGCUCGGCGAGGACGGCUCGUUGCCGGACGUGGUGCCUUUCCAGCGGCAGGGAGCGCGGCCCGCGGACCCCACGUGGAGCGCGGCGUUCGUGGAGCUGCUGCGGGUGCUCCACCAGGACCCAGACCCGGACAUGCUCGUGUCCAGAAAGUUCACGCUCGUGGAGAUUGUUAUUUGCCUUCCUCCUCCCCAGACAAGCUCGCGUCGGGACCAAAAACAGGACGGGAGUCUGUUGGCGUUGUUCGACCUCCAGGCGCCCACCGUGCAAGGAAACCCCGGGUGGAAAACCGGCCCCGGGGAAGGGGUCGGGAUCUUUGGGUGUUGGAAUAGUCAGGACAUCGCAUGUCCGCGGACCAUUCAAGGGUGAACGAUCCACGCGGCGCUUGAGCCACCACGCCGGCACAGGCGUGCUUCUUGGAUCGGCGCUGUUUCUCGCUCCCCUCACCCCCACGCAUCCUUGGUAAGCUCAAGAAUACCGUGGCAAAUUGAGACGUUCCCCUGCGGCACCAGGGAAUGGUUGGCGG